GUUCAUGGACGCUUCAUUCGAUCCUAAUCAGUUAGGAACAAAUGAAGCGCACACCAUCCCUUCGCAAACCUCAUUUUCUUUAUCCAAUUCCAUUAAUGAAGCAAAGAAAUAUAAUCAAUCUAUAAAACGUAUAUUAAAACCUGCAAGUAUUUACAAAAACCAUGAUCUUGUAUCUACUCAAUAUAUAAAACAUGAUAAUGAAAGAAAAUUUAACGAGUGCACUAUACAAAAUUCUGUGAUUACCCAAGGAAAUGUUGUGUCAACUGUUACAACACCCACGAGUCCAGUAAUUACAUCCACAUCCGAAUCCAUUAAUCCUGAUAUAUUUGUAAAAAAUAAGUGCUUAAAUACAAACAGUAGUGAUUCUCACCAUAUGCAGAACCAUACGGAUGUUAAUAGAGAUAAAAAGGUACCUUUCUCAUGUCUUUUGGAAACGACUCAAGGAAACAACACGAACGAUACUAAAAAUAAAUGGAACAUGGGGGAGGUACACAUUACUUGUAAUCCACUUUCAACACCGUACCCGUAUUCCACGCCUCAUCAUAAUAUUAUGAGUGAACCUGUAACAGAAUCGCUGGACGACGAACCAAAAAGUCGUUCCUGCGGAAACUUCUUACCAAUUUUGUCGUUGAUUCCACAAACGGUCAUCAGCUUUCAGUACUUAAGCCCAAAAAUGAAAUUCUCCUGGUGGAGAAAUAAAAUCUCGUGAAGGUACGCUUAAACGAUCAUUCAGCAUAAUCGUUGCUGAUGGUCUUGUAGCGCAAUUAAAUGCUAAAAAUUCUAUGAAAACCUCUUACCUCGUAGUGAGUUCCCAAUCUUCAUCAAUUAGAGGUAUCCUGUCAUUGUUACACUUAUAUGUCAAUCAGUCUGUACCUCUUUGUUACUAUAAAAUAGGAACACAUACUGAAAGAACGCAUGCAGGUAGACUAUAAAAAAGCAUAAGUAGUAGUUCUUUCGCACUGUGAAAAAUAUUUUGCGCAAUGUACAAUGAUUUUAAAUACUUUUAAAAUAAUGUGUAUAUUGUAUAUUAUGGUUUUAUCGGAUCCUCUAGUCCAUGAAGCUUUUUCCUACGGUUUGUUAAUUUAUUAAUAGAAUGAAACGCAUACCCUACCGCUCUGAAUGGGAAAUUCGAUUACAAUUUUGUCUCCUCGUAGCAUAUUAGUUAUAGAAAUUUAUUAUGCUAAAAUCAAAAGUGAAGUCAGUAUGGAUCUAAUGAGAAACAAUUUCAUUAACUCUCUUUUUUUAAAGAGGUAGAUACGUGCAAAUAGAAUAAUUCUUGUAAAAAAGACAUCUUUUUUUUUCUUAACGAAAAACUCGUGAAUCAUUUAAAUAUACAUUCUCUAAUUUUUUAAAUAUCAAGUACACAGGGUUAUUUUAAAUUGAUGUCAUUUAUGAAAAAAAAACUUAUUGAUCCAUACGAGUUUUUAAAGGUAUUAGACUUUUUAAUGCGUACAUCAAAAUAUAAUUAAAAUAUUCCAUGCGAAUAACUACUAUAUGUGAUAUUAUUAAAAAUAUGAAAAUAAUACACCGGUUGGUGUUGUACAACAUAAAGAGUUUAGAUUAAGAAUUUAGAUUUCUUUAUUAAAUUAAUUUAGAUUCAUUUUUUGAAAUGGAAGGAGCAUUAAAGUAGUUACGGUACUAUGAUUAAUCAAAUCAUUCCUAUAUGCGUGCGUGUAUAGCGUUGCGUGAGCGAUUGUGUACGUGACGUCGUAUUUCAUCUAAAAGUUUUAUUUCUCUGUGAGAAAUAUAGUUUAUAAAUUUGUAAAAAGAUGAGAUGAGUUUUAUUAGAUUUAUAUUCUUGUGUUUUCAGAUUUUUA